GCUUCAAGCACAGCCUCUUUGCUAUCCAUGAGAAGAAACGCUUGGACGCAAAGGUUGACAACGUGGCCAUGGCAACGAAUCCGUCGGUGUCUUGCAUUCCAGGCGACGCCUCGUCCAUCAAGGAAAAAGCCUGCUCGGUGGCCUUCUUGGCGGAUGGCCAGCAGCUCGCCUCGGGCUCAGAUGAUAAGACAGUCAAGGUCUGGGAUGCAGCAACGGGCGCGUGCCUGCAGACGCUCGAGAUUGACCUGGUGGUUACUCGCCUUUCAUUUGAUCCGAUGACAAACUCUCUCCUCUCUACCGACAUUAGACUUCCGAAACUGGAUCUCCCGGCUCUACCGCUUGCCAUUGAUAAUCAGUCGACUGACGCAAUGUUACGGGGUUUUCGCAACUCUGACUGGGGUAUAAGUACCGACAGUGUAUGGAUUGUAAAAGAUGGAAAGGGGAUGCUUUGGCUACCUCCUGACUAUCGAAUGAUGGCAAUAGCUAGGGUGGGAUCAACGGUCUCUAUCGGCUGCCGUUCAGGUCGUGUACUAGUGAUGAAGUUCUGUUAG